AUGACCUUCUGCCUGGUGGGCUCCUGGGACGAAUGGCGUCACUUCACCGAGCUGCGUCCGGACACGGGUUGGCCAACAUCACUGGUGGCGCGGGUGCCAGUGAGGCGGCCCCCAGCCAUGGAGGAGUUCCAGAUUCUCCAGGGCCACGAUUGGUCAAAGCGCUACUAUCCUUCAACAAACAAAUCCACCGUGGAGGGGCCCGGAAACGUCCAUGGGCGGAACUUCCGGAUCACAGCUUUGCCAGCUGAGUGUAUGCAGCUAGAGAUUCGUUGGAAUCUGGGCAGGCGGCAGGUGAGCUGGAAACUCUUGGACGUUGGCGGCUGCGAGUUGCCUCAAAGCCCCAAGCGCGACGGCCAGCGCGGGACCCUCGCUGGACCAUUCUUUUUGGUGGGAUCCUGGGACAAUUGGAAAGGCCUCACCGAGCUAUGGCCCCAGUCGUCGUCCACGUCGUCCUUGUUCCGUGGGAUGGUCAAGGUUGAUGCAUCACUUGAUGUUCAAUUCCAAAUCCUCCGUGACCGAGACUGGGGUCAGCGCUUCCAUCCUGAUGCAGGUGGCGAUGGGCUGGCUGGGCCAGAUGGCCAACAUGGCCAGAAUUGGCGUGCCAAGCUGACUGAGAGGUGGCUCGAAGUCACUUGGUCGCCGUCUUCUGCACCAUACGUGCGUUGGCGUGGCGUCUCUGCUGCUGCCCAGCACCGCUUGGCCGCUGAACGCUUCGCCUUUCUGAUGGCCGAGCUUCGGUCGGAGGGGAGCAGGUCCUGGCUGCAGGGGAUGGCCAGAAUCUUUGAGGCCUUGCCGGAACUACAGCGAUCCUCGCCAUAUGGCAAGAGAGCGGAGCAAGACGCCACCGCCAGGUGUUUGUUGGCCACAGCUCUGCGUGACCUGGAGACUUUGGCGGAUCUGAGUGGUCCAGCCUCGGUGGAGCAACGGAAGGCCCUGCGACAACUGGAGGCCAAGGUGGAAGCACUGCUGCAGGAGUCGGGGUUCAAAGUGAUUGGACCUGACUUCAUGCAGGAGGCGCUGCCCGUGGAUGCCAGCAUGGGAGCUGUUCAAGUGAAAGCAUGGCAUCGCCUCGUGUACUUGCCACUGGUGAUGUAUGUGAGGAACACCGUUCACCUCUACGAACUCUUGGAGCGUCUCAAGGCACAGCCUGCCGUGGGCAGCUGUGCUGAGUUGCGGCAACUGUUGGAUGGUGAGGGUACAGCGAGGCGCAGUCCAUAUUCAUGGUUGGUCUUUGGCAUCCUGGGAGCGCUGCAGAGCUUGUAUCAAGUCCGGGAGGAGUGCGCAGGCCUUCUGGAGUUGCUUGCCAGCAGCCCACCGCAGACCGUUUGGGUCAAGGAUGGUGUGGAGUGGACACCAUCUGCGGGCCAUAGUGGUUUCCAUCGGAAGUCAGUCGUCAACGUCGAGCCAAUGAAGCCACCAGGCUCCCUUCGUAGUGGUGAUGCCUUGAUGUUUCGUGGAAUUUGGCUACCACCAAACACUGAGGAGGACACGAUUCGAUACCAGUACUCCUUCCAGUCCUUUUCCCGAAGCAUUGAAGGCGUCAUGCGGGUGCUUCGCUUCUACAGCGGCGUGACCUCGACCAAGGCAGCAGAUGCUGCCCGUGCUGGACAUAUGCUGAUCUAUGUGGGUCGAGACUUUGCCACGUCCUCCUGGGUCAUCCCAGUGCAACUGUUUGAUGGUCCCAAGAAGAAGGCAGGAGAUUCUGAGCAGGAGCUCUUGCUGCCUCCGUUUGUGGCCUAUGACUUCGAGGAAGACUUCUCCAUCGACCCUCACAUGGAUCUACCUGAGAAGCAAAGUCGCAUGACUGAGCUGGAAGACCUUUGGAGCGUGCAACUGCCAGAGAACCUCAAGCACUUUGUACUGGGACUUCUACCUCAUUUGAAUCAUUCGCAGGUUUCAGCCCCAUCUGGCGGCUAUCAAGUGUCUUUGCGGUUCCUGCGAAGUUUUGAACCCAUCCAGCCUGUUGCAGAGAUGCUCAAGGAUCCAAAGCAGUUCCUGUAUCUCUGGAAGGAGUGCCAGACAGCGGUCUUAUCGAAAGCCUUCAAGCAGGUGGAGCAUGACUUCUAUGACACUUUGCUCCGACAAGCAGAGUUGCAGCGCAAGAGGGAAGCUUCAAAGUGCCAUCAUUGUGCGUUGAAGCACCGUCAUUUUGAUCAGCUCCUUGAAAGAAGAAACCUUGAAGCAGACAUCGAGGACUUGGACCACGAGUUGGGCUGCGAGUCCUUGGGUUUGUUGCCCCAGCUCCGAGCCAAAGAGGAGGUGUUGAAAGACCUUGAAUGCUUGGACGAUGAAGGGCUCAUCUCUCUAAAAGGUCUUCUUCUCUUGGCCUUAGCUUCGGCCUCAGCAGCCUACGUUUUGCAGACCCCGCAGUUUGAUUCCCUCGAUCCAGCUUUCACUGCUGGCAUCUUGCGGUUUGAGCAAUUGGUUGGGCGCCAGAUGCCAAAACAUCUUAGAGAUCUAGCAGGAAAACAAGCACACUUGCGACAAUUAAGAGUAGCGCGUGCUGUGAAUGUUCAUCGAACAAAGAUCGGCCCACAAGAACCCUACAAGAUCGCACAGUGUUUCGGAGCAGUGUAUGACAUGGCAAAUUACAUUGGCUGGGCAGGCUUGAAUAUCGAUGCAAUGAGCAUCAACGGCACUUGCCCUGACACUGAAGAUGACACCACCUGUUCUGCCAACGCAGUUGGAUUUGUAUUUAACCUCAUCUGGGUUCUCAACAAUGCGGCACAGAUUCCGGUCUGGUGCGUGGCCGAUUUCGAGGAGAACAACACGGCUUCCAAGUCAAUCAGCUGCCUGGUAAGUAUGUCACUGUUCUUGGCAUCCGCUCUGCAAAUCACUGCCGAUGGACUUGCCGUGAAAACCGACUGUGAAUACCUGAGAAGCAAAGAUUUCCUGGAAUUCGAUUCCUUCCAGGAGUAUUUGGAGGAUCGCAUCGAGCAGUUGAAGCCGCGAAAACUGGACUCAGGUGACUCAGGCCCAGGAAAAAACCCAGGUGAACCAGAAAAAAAUGGACCCAGAGAUGCCAACAUCUCAACUCUUCCAAGUCUUCCAGCUCUUGGCACUCGUCGCCUGGAAGCUGACCUCGAUGUCUUCGUGGGAGAUGGAAAUGAUCUCUUCGAAGGAGAUAGAAAUCGAGCUUUGGCCCGGGGAGUUUGUUCCAUGAUCAUCAUGCAGCUGGCGAAUGACCUGCCAUACACUGGGGUCGACAUUUGGGGAGCAGUUCUGGAUUGUGGUUCGAGGUUUGGUCGGAACGUUGCAGAUUAUGAUGAGGAUUGUGCUGCAGAUGCCUUCAGUAUCAUCAGCGACGUCGUAAACCUUGCCACCGAUUUCUUGGUUAUCCUAGCGGCUUGUAAGGAUAAGUUUCCAGAGGAGAUUCCAUGCACUGCAGACUCCACGGACAUCACAUCGAACCUCUUUGCCGUGGGGGCCUGGGGCUUCACGGUGGACCAUUCAUGCAACCCCUUCCACAAGGAGCAUGAUACAGUCAACUACGAUAUCCCUUUAAAGUCCCUUUAA